UCGAAGUGAAUGUCUUUGGCAGUUUAUUUGUUUGUUUGGUAAAUCCAUUUAGUCAAUCAGAGGUGUUAACGUAUCAGCAUAGAGAUGGACAGAACUACUGGCGUGAUGACCACGGUAUGGUCAAGGUACAACAGCACACAGGCGCUACUGGGCGAGACCGCCGAGAUCCACUGGGCUGACAUUGUGGUUAUAGCGGUCUACUUCGCGAUCAUUUUAGGAAUAGGACUAUGGUCAACACGACGAGCCAACCGUGGCAGUGCAAAAGGAUACUUUCUUGCAGGAAGAGGAAUGUCGUGGUGGCCGGUUGGUGCUUCUCUGUUCGCCAGUAACAUCGGAAGUGUACACUUUGUGGGUCUGGCUGGCACGGCGUCAGCCUCAGGCAUUGCUGUGGUGGCGUAUGAGUGGAACGCUAUAUUCAUAUUGGUGAUGUUGGGAUGGAUAUUUGUACCCGUCUACAUAUCCGCUGGGGUAUUCACGAUGCCAGAGUACCUGAGGAAGCGGUUUGGUGGACAGAGGAUCACCGUGUACCUGUCCGUGGUCUCUCUCCUUCUCUACGUCUUCACCAAGAUAUCGGCGGACAUUUUUGCCGGUGCUGUGUUCAUCCAACAGUCUCUGAAGUGGGACCUGUACCUGGCAGUGGUGCUGCUACUGGCCAUCACAGCUGUCUACACUGUAUUAGGCGGCCUUUCCGCAGUAAUCUGGACUGACACAGCACAAACUGUCAUCAUGAUAGCUGGAGCUUUUGUCUUAACGGGACUCAGCUUGUCACAGAUAGGGGGUUAUGAGGAGAUGAAGAGACGGUACGCCCUGUCUGUUCCCGCCGUGAGAAACAACAACACGACAUGCGGCAUACCCCCUGAUGAUUCUCUCCACAUGUUUAGGGAUCCCCUGAAGUCGGACCUACCCUGGCCUGGUAUAACAUUCGGUCUGACUAUUCUGGCUACCUGGUACUGGUGUACAGAUCAGGUGAUCGUCCAGCGGUGUCUUGCCGCCAAGACAAUCGAACAUUCCAAGGGCGGGUGUAUCCUGGCUGGCUACCUGAAGAUUCUUCCGUUCUUCCUCAUGAUUCUGCCGGGCAUGAUCAGCAGAGCCCUCUAUCCAGAUGAGGUAGGCUGUGUGGACCCCGAUGAGUGCCUGAGACAUUGUCAGAAUGCUGCCGGCUGUUCUAACGUGGCUUACCCGAAACUGGUGGUGCGAAUUAUGCCUACAGGUCUGCGAGGCCUGAUGUUAGCGGUGAUGCUGGCGGCCCUGAUGAGUUCUCUCACCUCCAUCUUCAACUCCUCCUCAACCAUCUUCACCAUGGACAUCUGGAGGAAGUUCCGCACGCAGUCCACGGAGAGGGAACUCAUGAUCGUUGGCAGGUUAUUUGUGGUGCUGCUGGUUGUGAUAAGUAUAGUCUGGAUCCCGAUCGUUCAGGCCGCUCAAGGAGGGCAGAUCUUCAGCUACAUCCAGGCCGUCACAGGCUACCUGUCCCCGCCCAUCUGCGCAAGCUUCAUCCUCGGCAUCUUCUGGAAGAGGAUGACGGAGCCGGGUGCAUUCUGGGGCUUGAUGUCAGGCCUGGUGGUUGGUUUGAUCCGGUUGGUGAUGGACUUCGCCUACGGGUCACCAGGGUGCGGGGAGCCUGAGUUCCGGCCGGCCGUCCUGUGGAGGGUCCACUUCCUGUACUUCGCCAUGAUCUUGUUCGCCGUCAGCGCCAUCGUCAUGGUCGUGGUCAGUCUCUGUACACCACCCAUCGACGACAAACAUCUUGUACGCCUGACCUGGGCGACACGCCACAACUUUGAGGAGAGAUAUGACCUGAGCGAACCGCCGGAAACAGUCGAGAUGAUAGAUCUGGGUGGAGAAGGAGAAACUGCUGACACGGAGAUGAACGACAUCAAAGUCAAAGCUGGUAAGUCGACAGUUGAAGUUCCUUCCCCGUGGAAGCGAUGUUUUGAUUGGAUGUGCGGCAUCAGCCAAAAUGGCCAAUCAGCUGUACCGGAACCGGAUAUCAGCAUCUCGAUUGACGAGAAGCCUCGUUCUCGUCUGAUCAUCAACAUCAAUGCCGUCAUCAUGAUGUGUGUUGGAGUGUUCCUCUGGGCCUUCUAUGCGUGAAGAUAACGAUCUCGGGAUGUUCUAUAUAUGAUUGGUUUGCAUGCUUUACAGAAACUAUAUCACGAAUCUGCGUGAAAUGCCUCUACAUGACCUCUUCGUUGUACGUGACGUAGAAAAGUAUGGGUGUCCAUUAUGUAUCUGAGUAAUUAAUACAUGUAUGACUCAUGUAUAUGUAAUUUUAAGGUGCUUUAU